CGCGUUUCCAGGGCGUUCUCACCGUCGCUGCCGCUCUUGUCCCGCUUCCCAGGUUCUCGUGGUCGGCUGCGGAAACUCGGAGCUGAGCGAGCAGAUGUACGACAUGGGGAUGUGCGAGGACAUCGUGAACAUCGACAUCAGCGACGCGGUCAUCCGCCAGAUGCAAGAACGGAACGCGAGCAAGAGGCCGAAGAUGAGCUACCUGCUCAUGGACGUGCUUCAGAUGGACUUCCCCGACGCCCUCUUCCAAGUGGUCUUGGACAAAGGCACGCUCGAUGCCAUCCUCGCUGAUGAAGAGGAGGCCACUCUAGCCAAGGUGGACAGGAUGUUUGCCGAGAUCAGCCGUGUCCUGCAGGUAGGAGGGCGCUACCUCUGCGUCUCCUUGGCCCAAGCCCACGUGCUGAAGAAGGCAGUGGAAUACUUCUCCCAGGAAGGCUGGGUAGUGCGUGUCCAUCAGGCCGCCAGCGGUGGGGACAAGCAGCAGUUUGUCCUACCUAUCUUUGUCUACGUCAUGACUAAGUUUAAAAAGGUCCCUGGUUCGGCACCACAAAUCUUGGAGAUCUGCCCUGAGGAGCAGGAUAAGCCGAUGCGGGUGGAGAGCGCGGAGCAACUGGUGGAGGCGGUGAAGGACAGGCAGCAUUACGCCUUGCUCCGCAGCCAGCUGAGCAAAACCACCAGCGGGGAGCAGCUUUCCCUGGAUCUGUGCAGCAAGGAUAGUGGGAGGCCUCGCUACACCCUGCACGUGGUCGACAGCCCCUCGAUGAAACCGUCCCGGGACAAUCACUUUGCCAUCUUCAUCAUCCCGCAGGGCAGAGAAACCGAGUGGCUCUUUGGGACGGAGGAAGGGCGGAGGCAGCUGGCCGCCAGCGCGGGGUUCAGGCGCCUCGUCACCGUGGCUCUGCACAGAGAGCAGCACUACGAGGGCAUGGCGGGCAUCCAGGCCGAGCUGUCGGGGAAGGUGAUGGAGCUGGCGCCGCCGGGCCUUCCUGCCCGGCAGCAGGUGCCCUUCUUGUCCGUGGGAGGUGACAUCGGGGUCCGGACAGUGCAGCACCGUGACACCAGCCCCCUGAGCGGGGAGUACGUCGUGGAGGAUGUGAAGGGGGAUGACAAGUGUUACUUCCGCCGCCUCAUCUUCCUCAGCAACAGGAAUGUGGUGCAGUCGGAAGCCCGGCUCUUGGCCCCCGCGCCUCUCCCAGGCCAGAAGAAACGGAGGAAGGACAGGAAGAAACCUGGCCCUGCUGAGCCGCCCUCAGCCAUUGACAAGAGCUACCUGUGCUGCGAGCACCACAAGGCCAUGGUGGCCGGGCUCUGCCUGCUGGGGAGCCCUGAUCCUCUCCCAGGGCAGCACCCGCUUGCAGUGCUGGUGGUGGGGCUUGGUGGGGGCAGCCUGCCCCUCUUCCUCCAUGACUACUUCUCCCAGGCCCGCGUGGCUGUGGUAGAGAUCGACCCCUCCGUGGUGGAGGUGGCCACACGCUGGUUUGGCUUCUCCCAGAGUGACCGGAUGCAGGUGCAUGUCUCCGAUGGUCUGGACUACGUGGCCAAGCUGGCGGCUGAAGCUCCAGCCCAAUAUGAUGCCAUCAUGUUUGAUGUGGACAGCAAAGACCUCAUGGUGGGAAUGAGCUGCCCACCACCAGCCUUCGUGGAAAAGCCUUUCUUGCAGAAAGUUAAAACCAUCCUCAAGCCAGAAGGAGUCUUCGUGCUGAACUUGGUGUGCCGAGACGCCCGGCUCAAGGAGUCCGUCCUGGCCACCCUCAGGGAGGUCUUCCCGCUGCUGUACGCGCGCCGCAUCGACGGGGAGGUCAACGAGAUCCUGUUCUGCCAGCCCUGCUCCGAGGGGCCGCGGGGUGCCGCAGAGCUGCUGACGCGCGCCCGGGCGCUGGAGGGGGCCCUGCGACAGCCCGGGCGCCCCUGGGACAGCUCCUACGUUCUCGCAGACAUGCUGCAGGCCGUGAAGAUCCUGUGAGAGGGGCCGUGAGGCCACUCGCAGGAGAGAGGGGUCCCUGCAUGGGUGCUAUGGCCACGGCCAGGACUGCCCACCCUGCCGGGGGGCUGGCACUCGCCUGGCUCUGCCUGAAGGCUGUGGUCUGAAGGGGGCUCCCGGCAGCAGGAGGGAGCCCAGCGUGGCUUGCUGGGGCUCUGGGGCUGUUUGCCAGGAGCCCCCUUGGUGCAGUCUCUCGAUACGGGGCUUUUCCCCACCCUGGAAGUGGGGCCGGGGAAGGGGCCAGGCUGGAAGGGGAGCGCACAGCCCAAGGGGCUGUGUUUGGGAGGCGAGGGGAGGAAGGCGCUCAUGGGGUCGCGGAAUUGCAUGCUUGGGACUGAGCCCCGUUUCUUGCAGUUUAUCCCAUAUCCGGGGCGAGAGCUCAGCCUAGCUCGCCCCCGGGAUCCUCGGCUCGCGCUCG